AUGACGUCGCAAUCCUAUCUUCAGUCACCGGGCGAGUCCAUGGUUGAUCCUUAUGGCCAGCCUUGGAUUUGGUCGCCCCGAUACUCAAUCCCGCCCUGCCCCAAGUUGUUUCUAUCUACAGAAGCUGCGCGGGGUUUGGCAAAGUGGGUCUUGAACCAACUGGCACGUGUCUCUCUCGCAAAACGCAAUCCGAGCUGUCUGCUUCCUUCUCCUCUUAAUACCCGGUUCUGUCUCUCGCUUCGCUCGUAUGGAUCCUCACGUAAACCCGGUGCGGGGUAUGAGGUGAUCGGGAAAUUGAUCGCCUGGCCAAAUUUGGGGAGGUCCCUCCAGUGGUGGUGGCAGAAUAUCGAUCCGCCCAACUCCUUCCAUCUCGCGUGGGUGCCUCUGACCAUCAUCGCCCGAGGGGUGCAGCCAAUUCCUCCGACUCCCUUGAAAUUCAACCUGGGCCUUUUUCCUCUCUCGUUGUCUCCUGAUGAAACCUGUCCCCUAAAGUGCCAAAUUUAA